AUGUGUCCGGGUGUGGGUACACUUCUCCUCCGACAUUUGCGGCACCCAAAGUGCAAGAACCAGAGCCGGCACCUCCGAAGUGUUUUUGCAUUCCCCGCCAGACGGGCCUUGCCGAUCAGCAAAGGGGGAGACAAUCAGAGUCGCAAGGAGCGUGUCAAGGCGCUCGCGUUGUCGCAAGCGCUCAUAGUCACCUCCGUGUGUGGACUGGCAGUCGCUCUCUCGAAGGCUUCGGAUGCCCAGGUUCCGAUAAUUUUGGAUGAUGUCUUCGCCCGCAAGGCUACUUCAACAUUGCGUAGUCGAGCAGGCAGCCUCCUUCAGUACGCCCGUUGGCAGCGAGCAACUUUUGGUGAGAACCAACUUUUCCCUGCCAGUGAAGAUCGCUUGUACCAGUAUACAUGCUACUUGCGAGCCGAGGGAGCUCCUGCUUCCAGGGGCGAACGCUUCAUACAGAGCAUCCGCUUUGCGCAUAGCCUGCUGCAGUGUGCCGGUGAUCUCUCCAUGUUGUCACCCAGGGUCAUUGGAUAUACGAUCGCCGGGGUGGAGAAAAGACCCAUCGUCAAGAAAUGGCCCUUGAAAGUCCAUCAAUUGAGAAAGUUGGAGCAACUUGCAUGUGGUGAACCGAGUGCGCUUUCCAUCUUUGCUGGAUUCUUGUGUGUGCUUGUGCAUGGCAGGCUCAGGUUCAGUGAUGGGCAAAUGUGCUUUGAAGAACCUGAGCUUGAAAAGGGUGAGGCUCACAACAUCCUUACUCUUCGCUUGUAUGGGUCCAAGACCAGCUCUCUUCGGCGGGCAACUCGGUUUCGGCUCAUUCCUGUCUUUGCGAUAAGUCCAGGAGUGCACGGGUCUGAGUGUUGGGCCACCUCCUACUUGGAAAAUCGUGCUGCACUCGGUUUGAGUGCUUCGGAGGAUGAACCGCUCAUGAGGUGCCCGACUGCAGACGGGGGUUUUUCAGAACGAAAGCUCCGGUCUUCUGACGCUUCGGUCUGGAUGCGAGAAAUCCUCUCGGAUGUGUGUACCUUUGAGGAGCUGGCUAACAUCGCAACACACAGCUGCAAAGCUACGUGCCUAGCUUGGCUCACCAAAGGGGCGGCGACGAAUGCCAUGUGCCGAAGAGCAGGUUAUCAUGUCGGCGUUGAGGGCAAAUCAGAGUUGGAAUACGCCCAUGAUGCAGCCGCCCCGCUUAUCUUUAGGUUGGCCAAUACUCUUGAGAUGAUCAAGGAAGGGUACUUCUCGCCUGACGAGCCGCGCCUCCAGAGGUGGCAUGGUGCUGAGGAUUAUGAUUCGGCUCUGGCACUCUUACGCAAUGGGGGUGAGCCUAAAAGAAUGCGGGCUGAAAAAGUGGGCCGCCUUCUAGCAGAUUCGUCCUCCGACUCUGAGUCCAGCGAAGAGCCAGAUGACGACUCCGAUAGUGCGGAGUCGGAGCUUGAUGGGCAAAUGGCCGAGAUACACGCUCAUAGCGAAACUCUCGAUAGCUCCAGCCAGGCCAUCUUCCGCCAAAGGUGCUUGGCGGUCGGCCUGCCCGGCGAGGUGAUUGAUCGGCUAGAACUGCGAGGGUGGGGAACCUUUGCGAACUUUGCUCAUGCACCGACAGCCACGCCGGGCACUGCGGGAGCCGAAGCGGCUGUUCGGGUGGUUCUGGAAGCUGUGUUGGGAGAUACCCACGCGUCCCAUGAUGCCGCUCUGCGACGGCUUCAUUGGGAGGCUUGGACCUUGACUGCUGCAGACCUUAAACGCAAGGUCGAUGGGACAGACGAGUCCGCACCCCGCAAAUUGCCGGUUGCUGAGAUCGGGGCACGGCUCCAAGUGCUUACUCCGAAGAUCGCACCUUUGAAGCUUGAAGGCAUUCUGGAGCCCAGCCACGCGAGCAUCAAUCUCUUCGCCGCCAUGCUGGAUGAAGGGCGACUUCGCUACAUCGAAUGGUCGAGGCUGACCACCCGUGAUCAAGAAGUGGUUGGGGCAUCAGAGGACAAUCUGCUGAAAGCUUGGAAGCCAGACAAGAGUGGAGUGGUGCGCGAGCACAAGGAUGCUCCUCGCCUUGAGGCGAAUGUGGCCACUGACCUCAUGGUUCAUCAUGCACUUCGUCGUCGAGGAGUCUGUUAUGCGAUUGCCGAGCUCAUGACGUUCGAAGUUCACGAGGCAUUGAUCAACUUUUUGUUCGACGCCUACUACAAGGAUGCUCCUGAGGGGUACCAGAGGGUCACAUUGACUCAGCUCUCCAUGUGUGAUCGAGAAAUCCACCUCCGGCUCAGUGAUCAAUGUCGAGCGGGUUUUACUCUGGGCUCUGACGGAGGCCUUCCCUUGGACAGACAUCUGCCUGUGGUUCUUAAGAUGCGUUGCGUGGAGCAACUCUUGAUUCCAAGGACCCGAGGGAGUGCCGCUCCUGCCAUUAAGACCGCAGCCAAGACCAAGCCUAACCCUCGCAAGCGCAAGAACGGGGAUCGGUCUGUUCCACCUCCUCCUCAACCUGUGGGGGGGCGAUCCGACAUCCGGCCGAAGAAAAGAACUCCUUAUAUGCCCGCAGCCCUCAAGGGUGGUGUUCCCGUUGAUGCCAGCGGAGCGCCUCUCUGUUGGAACUACAACCUUGGCAAAUGCGAGCAUGGCGAUGUGGCGCAAUGCCCUAAGGGCAAGCACCUGUGUGCAGUGAUGGAGGCCUCCUCAGUGGCCGGCUUUGGUGUCGAAGCUGCUGUCGAGACUUCUGGUAGCUCGGUGUGCCCCACUCCUGCUUGUGACCAUUUCGAGCUUUGCCUUGACUUAUGUUUUCCCGGGAUUACUCUGCAGCAGCAUGCGGCAGAAAUCUUCGCACGGCGAGUGCUGAUCGCUCGCCCGCCUACACGACAAGAUGUCGAGCGCCUUUUUGACUUGUUGCCGCUUGAGGAAGCUUCGAGAGGCACUGAUGUUCCUUCAGCUUUUGGCUCUGGAUGUUGGGCUCGCGACCAUCGGUUCGGGCUACGACGCAACAACCGCCUUUUUCCAAUCUCAGUUCAACUGCUCAAUGCAUUUAUCCGGCAGGUCCGGCCCUGCCAUCGGUGGACCUCUGUGGUCCUGUUUUGCGAUGUGCAAGCCCCUCGGCACAAAGACCUGCGGAACAGUUUUGAUCCGAACCUCGUUGUUGCGAUCAGCGACUUCUCAGGUGGCGAAAUCUUUGUGAUUCGCCCCGAUGGACCUGCGGUUGUGCAUGAUGGUACUGCUGCUCUCCGAGGGAUCAAGCUCGACCCUCGAGUGCAACCCUGCUUGCUCCAUGCUCGCGCUGAGGAGCACCUGACGCUGCCUUGGGAAGGUCGUCGUCUCGUCUUGGUUGCCUUUUGCAUAGCUUCAGUGGGCGAGUUGUCAGUUGAACAAACUACGGAGCUGGAGCAGCUUGGCUUCCGAGUACACAUACCUCCCGAGCCAAUGCCUCUCCCUACCGCCACUCCCGGAGGGCAACUUUGUCUUGAAAUCUUCGCUUCGCCUCCAGGCAUGUCCGCUGCGUUUCGCGACCUACAGCUCCGAACUUUGGCCUUGCACCAUUCACCCGAUCGAGCUUGUUCUGUCCCGGUCAUGCGUUGGGACGUCUGCAAAGCUGAGGAUGUCAACUUUUGCUUGCAGCGGUUGAAAGAGAAAGCCGUCGCAUUCUUGUUCGUCAUGCCGCCUUUGAGCCAUGCUACUAAACCAGGGCCGCUGAGCGCUGCUCUGGAACAGUUCAUCAUCUUGCUUCUGGCCACAUUGACUGCAUACCCGACUCCUUUUUGCUUUUGCCUGCCGGCUUCGGCCCGGUGUUGGAAGGCCGUUGAGGCCCAAGUCGUCGGCCUCCCCCAUCAUGAAACUCCUGUUGACCUGUGCAUGUUUGGGGCCGAACGCAAACGCCGUGUCAUUUUCUUGCACAAUGUGCCUCCUCUGUGUCGCCUCCAGCGACAAUGUGACGGACAACAUACCCAUCUACCUUGGACUGCUCCAGGACAACCCGCGCCUGAUGCCAAACGGCUGCCUACAGAGUGCUGUCGCAUGAUCGCUCAGUUGUCUGUUGAUUGCGUGCCCGGGGCUCUGAUGCCGCCUGCCAUGAGGCCCGCAUCUGUAGCCUUGCAAGGGUUUACUAAACUUAGUGCCGUCCCCCCGGUUGUCCCCGAGUUUAAGUUAGUGGUUCGAGCCUCAGCCCCCGCCGAUUUCGAGCCGCCUGAUCAGGUGCCUUCAGUAGGGUGUGCUUCCCUACCUGGGGUUCCUCCCGGAGCCGUCUUGCUUCGAUCGGGUAAGCUGGAUGCCAUGACGGCACAAGGGUUACGUGGGGAUUGUAGUGUGCCGGGGAAUUGGAGCGUGUCGGAGGGUUUAGAUGCGCCGACUGAACAAAGCAGUCCCACAAAGCUUGCCGUGACCAAACCUGUUGCAUUCGGGGUUUCUUCCGACACCAAACCUCCUCCCGAGACCAAACCUGUUGCAUUCGGGGUUCCUUGGACCAAAGAUGAAUUUCUGCAGCAAGCCAUGAAAGCCGAGCACCCGUGCAAUGUCCUGUCUGGGUGCGAGUCACCAGCCUUGGAGAACAUCAACUGGGUGUCCGGGACACCUGCUGUGGACGUGUGUGCGUUUAGGACUAACGCCUUGAAAGCCAUUCUUCAAUCGGAGGCCGAACUGCGAGCUGAAGAAGAAACUCUUCACUGCAGCUUACAUCCCGAAGUUGCUCAGGUCCUUAAAGGCAAAAGGCUUUUACUCUUUCGUAAGCUUGCUGUUGCCGCGGGGGUCGAUGACCCUUCUUUGUUUCAGGAGAUGUGUGAUGGCUUCAGGGUGCUUGGCUAUGCCAAGCCCAGCGGUCAGUUCCCAGUUGCCUUCAAGCAUGCUUCUAUGGCAGAGGCCGAGUUGAAAGCUGCAGCACCUUGGGUAAAAGGAAUGCUCCGAGCGCCCGACUGUAGAGAAUCGGAUGAAGUUGCCAGGGCCCUUUGGGACGAGGCCGUCGAACAGGCUUCCGACGAUUCCGGGUGGCUGCAUGGUCCACUAUCCGAAGAAGAUCUUGAUCAGUUGUUCCCUGAUGGUUGGAUACCCUCCAGAAGGUUCGGUGUGCAACAGGGAGACAAAACCCGUGCCAUUGACGACCUGAGAGCGUCGAUGGUUAAUGCCACUUGCACAUCCUCCGAAAAGAUACUUCUUCAGGACAUCGAUGUUGUCGCUCAGACUGCAAAGUGCUUCAUGGAUGCAGUAAUCCGGAGAAAGAGCCCAGGGAAUCGACAGAUCGUUGGCAGAGCGCUUGACUUGAAAGCAGCGUACAAACAGCUGGCCUCCUCACCGCUGGAUGCGUGGGCUUCCGUGCUGGCUGUGUGGGACCCUACUUGCAACAAACAUAAGUAUUUCCGCUUCUCCACGCUCCCUUUCGGAGCGAUCCACUCAGUCACCAGCUUCAAUCGGGUUGCUCGUGCGUUGCGCCUGAUCCUCUUGAGAAUCGUAAAGCUCAUAGUGACUAGCUUUUAUGACGAUUUCUGCCAAUUGGAAACUGAAGCGUUAGCCGAGUCUGCCAAAACCACUGCCGAGCUUGUCUUGCGCAUUUUAGGGUGGAAGAUUGCCGAGGACCCCAAAAAGUCCCUGCCAUUUGCCAAGGUCUUUGCCAUGCUGGGAGCCAGCUUCUCACUUGUGCGUGCCCCUUCAGGCAUCCUGGAGAUAGCAAACAAGGAAGGACGCCUUGAAUCCUUGAGAACGCUGGUGAACUCAGUCUGCGCUGAAGGUUUCGUGCAACCUGCAGUGCUGGCAAGCUUGAAAGGGCGGCUCUUGUAUGCCUCGACCCAUACCUUCGGGCGCGUUGCUUUGAUGGCCGUCAAGUGCCUUUCGAGACACUUGAAAGGCGGCGGGGUGUUGAAGCUUAGCUCGGAUGAUUGCGUUCUGCUACAGCACACUAUCGGGUUGCUUGAGGACAUGCGACCGCGAGAAAUCAAAACUGAUGCGAGUGACCGACCGGUCAUAGUCUUCACGGAUGGCGCCCAUGAGGAGGCAGAGGGUAUUACAGCUCACGGUGGAGUCUUGAUUGACCCAGUCAGGGGAGUGCACCGCUUCUUCGGAGAGCUAAUCCCGAAAGCGUUCAUAGAUUCUUGGGGAGCUCAUGGCAAACGUCAGCUUGUGGGCCAGGCGGAAGUCUUGCCAGUUCUCGUCGCCAAGAUCGUGUGGGCCGAGUUUCUUAAAGGCCGAAAGGUGCUGUGGUUUAUAGACAACGAUUCAGCGAAAGCAGCCCUGGGCUCUGGCUCAUCCCCGGUGUUGGCAACAUUUGCAAUGCUGUGUGUCGGUGCGCACAUCGACGUGUCGCUUGAAGCGGCGCAUUGGUACGCCCGAGUGCCGUCCAAAGCAAAUCUUGCUGACGAUGCUUCACGCCUAAACUUUGGCUUCUACGGAUCUGAGUACACCCGGACCAAUGUGGACUGGACUUGCUCGGCCCUUGAAACCCUUUUGCGCUCAUGCACUGCGGUCACCGAUGCCUCAACACUCGAGUUGUAG